AUGGCAGCAGUGGUUAACACGCCUCCUCUGGCUCCUGAAGGGCCAAGUGGAGCGAACCCACACGUUCGAGUUAACGCUGACGUUGCAAACUCUGCACAGCAGGAUCCAGGACUACACAGCACCAGCCAAGAUCCUGGACCAUCUCAUCCUCAACACCCAGUCUUUCCUAGACCUCUCUUUUAUGUUCAUGCUCCACCUCUACCCCCGUUCCUCCAAUACCAGUGGCCCAUGCCCUUGCCUUAUAAUCCCUUUCCAGGCUUCCUAGGCAUGGGAUAUGGUAUGGUCAUGCCCCCACUUCCCCCUCCCCCUUACCUGGAGUCUCCAGCUUACAUUGUACCACACCCUCAGGUACAACCAGUCGACUAUAGACGCCUGCUUCAUCCCCAAGUCCACAGUCAUGCUCCUUGUGGGUCGUUUCAAAAUUUAAACCAGACUCGUAGAAUUCGCCUGCCUCAUGCUACCUCUGUUAGAGAAACGGUGAAUUCUGAGGUCCAGACAGAACCCAUACACAGAGGUGGCUAUGAUGAGGGAUGCCCAACUCUCAGCUCAGACUCUGGACGUGCAACUGCCUCCAAUUCUCCUUCAUCCUUAAGCUCUGGUUCCCAGAAACAGGGCUUAGCUGAGGUUGAGACCUAUAUGUUGUCCAGUACUGAGGCAAAAGAACAGGUGAAAGGGGCUGGCACAAACGGAGUCAUACAUGACUGUCACAUGGUGCAUCCUACAGGGAUGACUGUUCAGCCAUCUAGAAGGGCAACUCAAGAAAUGCAGGGAUGUACGGAUGGUGCUGUUCAGGAGUCCUCUCUUAUCCCUCCUUGCAGAAAUGCACAUUGCAACAUGUGGUCAGUGAGUUCUCAGGAGAGCAUGGGGCCAGUUUGUAGCUCUUCUCAAAAAGAGGAUGAAGUCAAAGAGAGGCGCAUCUCUGUUCCCGACAUUCUAAGCUGGGGAGGUGAUGCAUCACAGAAAACGAUGACGAUGGCAGCUGAGGCACUCCUUCAAAAUAAUCAUGAGAGUCCAUGUUAUGAAAAUGAAAAGGCUUUUUAUCAAAGUCCAAGUAAGCCAAAGAAUUAUGCAGUGGUGGUUAGGAGUGCUGAUAAUGUAGAUACCGAAGUUAUUUCAAGUUCUAAGGACAGUGAAAUGAUCUUUAAGAUCCUCAAACUUCCUUCUCUUUUAGAACCCUUUUCACUGUCAACAAGAGAUGCAGAUUCUGGUCUACUUGUUAGACCUUCCCUAUCUAAUGGAGAUGAAAUUCUGCAGGCACUAAAUGCAUGUGAGAGGCAUGAAGAGCCUACAGAGACAACUCCAAAGCACACAUUUUUAAGUAGAUGUCAGAUGAAUAGAAAAAUUAAUGAGUCAGUUUGGUCUGUGGAGUCUCUAGCUCCUUUCAUUCCUACUAAGGAGUGGCUACAGCAGAAUAGCGUAUUUGAACCUGAAGUCAUUGUAGAGAUGGAGAGGGCUGACAAUGAAAGUGUUCUUACUUUUAGUACCCCAGCUAAGAAGCAAAGUCCUCCAACGAACCCAGACAUGGGUAUAAUUUUAACUGCCUCCACUGAUGAAGAGAUGAAUGACCAUGGGUCUUCAAAUCCUGAGGCUAACCAAAGCCCAAACCAGGGAACUCUUAUAUAUGAGCAAGAGGAGAAAAGCUCAGUUGAGAGAAAGGAAACCUGCCUCAUUAACUCCGCAGCAGAGGACAAAGUCUCAUCCACUUCCCAAAUGACUCUCCAAAAUGACACGCAAAUGGAGGUGGCGACUGGCGCACAAAAAGUAGAUGGUCAAAUGAGAAAUGUGGAACUGGGCGUGCCAACAGCUGACCAGAAGAUGGCUCCAGUGACACCAUCAAAGGGAAAUUUAGUAGACUGUGCAAUCCAGUGUACUGAACUACAGGGUCUGAAGUGUUUAUGUGAGGAGUUAAAGGGAGGCACUUGA